AUGGACGUGGCCCUCCCCGGCCCUCAGGUGGUCUCGGACCCCCUGAGGAGGAGGACGCCGCUGCCCUUGAGCCAGCUGGUGGAGCUGAACCGGAGCAAAGCCCACGUCCCCAAUCCUCUGGAAUCAAAAGUCUAUGCCAAACUGAAAAGCAACAUCCUGGUCCAAGCUGAGCCUCCGGAGAUUCACUUCAGUGGCUUCGAGCUCGGGCAAGAUUACGUGAAGAUUCUGAAACUAAUCAACGUCUCCGCUGAGGUUCUGAACAUUCAAAUCAUCCCGACUCAAACCAAGCACUUCCAGAGUAUUUACACCAAGAAGUGUCGCCUGGUCCCGGGUCUCCCCUACACGGUGAAGCUCGGGUUCCGUCCCGACGAGUGGCGCUACUUCUACGACUGCGUUCGGGUUCACUGCGAGGGGGAAGAGAACCUCUUAAUUCCAGUUCAUGCUUAUCCCGUCAUCACCGACCUGCACAUCCCUCCGCAUAUCAACCUGCCAGCCGUACCACUUGGUCAAAGUGUAACCCGUGUGAUUCCCCUGAGGAGCGGCUGUCCCAUUGACUUUGAGUUCCAGGCGUUUGUUCUCCAGCCCCAUGAGGCCUUCUCCAUCCAUCCCCUUGCAGGCGUGAUACCAGCCAGCGGCGAGGUGAAGAUCACCGUGACCUUCAGUCCGCUCCAUUAUGAGACCGCCCAGGUCACCGUCCAGCUGGUGGUCUCCCAGUUCAACAGCAAGCCGUUCCUCUGCACCAUCACUGGGAGUGCGGUCCCUCUCUCAGGCCUCAGUCGGCUGGAGAGGAAGUUGGCUCAUGGAGACGCAGAGACUCCAGAACUCAAAGCCCCCUCCCCUCCUGCCCAGCUUCCUCCCUGGAGUAAACCCAAGAUCAGGUCGACCAAGGAGGCCGACAAGUCAAAGUCCCUGAGAGAUCUGUCUGCUCUGAAACCAGCGGUGGUGGACGCCUUGACUCCGGCAGGCGUCGCAAAGAUGUUGAUCAAAAACACCAAUAAACUCAGCGCCAAAGCCCUGAGGGAAGCCUUGUCGUGUGGCAGCCUGGACGCUCUGCAGAACCGGCAGAUGAAGGAGGCGCUGUUCGUGAAAAGGUUUCAGCAAAACGUGAAGGAGGAGCAGGCCAAACAAUUCAGCUGGCAGGUUUACCUGGGCCGGGACGCCAUGUCAGGACACAGCAGGAGACAGAGGCUGGAGGAGAGAGAGGCGGCGCUGCAGGAACACACGAUGAAAUGGAAAGAUGGACGGCGAGAGGAGAAGUUCCGAGCUCGACAAACUCAACUUUCCACGGCUCAUAUUCUGCAAGAAGCUGGACAGGCCCCAGAGGGAGCCCCAUGCUUCCAGGUGUCCUCCGGGUUCCAGUGGGAGCUGAGACAAAGAGUCCUCCGACCGUUCCAGGAGGCUGCACGCAAGGUUGGAUUCCGCUGCCGCAUAAACAGGAGACUGGCGUGUUUCAGGAAGCUGGCGAGCGGCUCCAGGCUCCCGCCCGCGGCACAGAAAGCCGAGGAGAAGACGAGCGACGUGAGGAUCUCACCGGACCGAGUCUUCCCCUUUGUCUUCCCCACUUUCUGUGAUGAAGAUGACCCUCUGGCUCACGGUAAUUUGGUCCCGUUGCCGGCGGCUGCUGUUGAUGUGGCGGUGACAACACGUAUUCCUUUCUUCAAGCUUCAGGUUCCUCAGCACUAUAAGCUCAUGGGCUACCGGCCUGUCUCAUCCUGGGAGGCUUUCAACUCGUAUACACCCCCGACUUUGGCCAGACCACUUCGCAGCGCACCUCCGGUAACUGUGCCUUGUGCGGAGAAGGAAGUUGAGGUAAUUGAAAUGAGCGAAGCCGGCUUCCUCAGCUUCACUGCUCCGGACCAUCUCCUCCGGCCCUUUCCUGCAAACCCUCUCAGGAUCUUCAACCCAGCUCCGGGCCUGCAGGCUUACAAACCCACCCCGAAAUACCUGGAGAGCGAUCUGGAGUUCCACCUCUGCCCUCUGCCCAGGCUCACCGUCCCUGAAAGCAACACGUGUGGAACAAGAGCUCAAUCUCUGGACACUCAGAAGGACUUACUGAACCGCAAGGAAGUGAUAAAGGGGAUAAUGACGUGGAAGAAUUUUGAUCCAAUGGCCUUGAAGUUUCUGGCCGACCACCCCGCCCCCCCCAGCAGCCGCAGGCUCGUGGAUUACAGCACAGACAUGCUUCCACUCCCAGCGCCUCCUCUGCUCAUGGCGCUUCCUGACGAUCUGACACCGCUAAUGGACAAUCGGAGUGAAGACUCCGGAGUCCAGCUGACACCGGAGAUGAUCAGAGCGCAGUUCUUACCCGGCGAGGCCCCGGUCUCCCAUGGCAACCUCACAGCGGGAGGAGCAGCAGCCAGGCACCGGAGGGAGCUGGAGAGGGCGACCCGCAGGUGUGAGUUCCACCGGACGGGAGAGAGAGUGAUGGGCGGGCCACAGCGACCCCGGGGUCACCGGAGGAGCAGCUCCAUCGCCGGGAGACGACUGUAA